AUUCUUGCAGAUAGAUUGGAUAUACAUCGUAGGAUUAUGGUUUUAUGUAUUACAUGUGGUAUCUUAAUGUUUUGGUCUUUACCAUUUUCUGGAGAAUAUUUUGGUUUUGUUGGUCUUUUUAUCAACUUUGUUCUUUAUUCAAUAUUUGAUGGGGGAGUUUCACCAUUGAUGGAUAAUCUAAGUAUAAAUAUAUUAAAUCGUAAAGGAGAUCCUACAGAAUUUGGACGCCAGCGUCUUUUUGGGACCCUAAGUUAUGGGAUUUCUGGUGCCAUUCUUGGAUUUGUGGUGGAUAGAUUUAAAUCUCUUUAUGUUAUGUUUUUCUCAUAUGGAUUUUUCAUGGGAAUGUUUUUAUUAGUUCUAAAUUUAAUACCUUGGAGGGAUUUUAAAAUAGAUCAUCAUGAUGAACUAAUUACUGACAAUAUAGACCUCGACCAAUUUGGACGUAUGUCAAAUGAAUCCUCCACACAAAUUGUAGAUACAAAGAUCAUGGAAACAACACCGCCACCUUUCAUGGAAUCGUUUCUUAAACUUAUUACAAAACCACGAUUAUUAUUAUUUCUUUUUGUGCUGCUUUCGACACGUACGAUGAAAAUGUCAACGUCAACAUUUCUUUAUGUAUACUUAUCAG